AAAAGUGAGGUUAUGUCAAUAGUCAAAUUUAAGGUUUGAGGUUAUGUCACACUCAAAAGUGUGGUUAUUUGGAGACACGAAUCGUCCUCAUUUUCGCUCAAUAUGGUCCAAAACGAGGACUUGGUGCCCCGCCUAAUUACCACUUUCGGUUUGAGUGACCAAAAGGCGAAAGAAACGUUGAAAAAUGUCCCCCUCACUCAAACCCUAACCACAAUUCUGCACGAGGUGCGCGAAGUGGUGCUCCCUGAGGGUGCCGGCACUCUCCUCUACCACUUGGCCACGAAAAUCAAGCCCCAAAUCAGCCACCAUUUACCCCUCAUCACCAAAUACAUUGUUACAAAAAAACUAGAUAAUACAAUCCGGGUGGAGAAAGCCAUCGAGUAUGCUUUAAGCCACCUCAAAGACAUCGAUUUGCGGGAGUUUGAGUCGUAUUGUGGGGUCGGUGUGGUGGUCACCCCCGAGGAAAUCGAGUCAGUGGUUGAGGGGCUCAUCUCGGGGCACAAAACCGAGCUGCUUGAGAAGCGCUACCGGUUCAAUGCGGGCCCSCUGAUGCAGAAAYUCAGGGCGAAGCUCCCAUGGGCUGAUGGCAAAGCCAUCAAAAACGAAAUCGACCUCCAGAUUUUUGAUUUAUUGGGCCCCAAAACCGAAGAAGAUCUAGCGCCAGCCCCCAAAACCGACAAGAAGAAAACACCGACGAGACCAAAGCUUGAUGAAAAAGCCCCCCAAGACACGGGAUUAACAAUUUUAGAUGUCAUGAAAAAAAUCAAUUUUUACAAACCGGGCGAAAACUACAAAACUGACGGUUAUGUCAUUACUGAAAACACGGAGAAAUUACUGAAAGAGCAUCUGAAAGCCACAAGGGGGCGCGUCCAGACUCGGUUCCCCCCUGAACCCAAUGGGAUCCUCCAUAUUGGACACGCCAAGGCGAUUAACAUCAAUUUUGGGUACGCCGCAGCCCAUGAUGGGGUCUGUUACCUGAGAUAUGACGAUACUAAUCCUGAAAAAGAGGAAGAGAAGUUUUUUACAGGGAUUAAAGACAUGGUCACGUGGUUGGGCUACAAACCGUACAAAAUCACACAUUCGUCCGAUUAUUUCGACCAAUUGUACGAAUGGGCCGUUGAAUUGAUUAAAAAAGGGAUGGCUUAUGUGUGUCACCAAUCGGCUGAUGAAAUGAAAGGGUUUAACCCCCAGCCUUCUAGAUGGAGGGACAGACCGGUUGAGGAAAGUCUACAGUUGUUUCWGGAUAUGAAAAAUGGGAAAAUUGAUGAAGGUGCUGCCACCCUACGAAUGAAAAUAACCCUAGAAGAAGGUAAACUAGAUCCAGUGGCGUACAGGAUACGAUUCACACCCCAUCACAGAACGGGGACUAAAUGGUGUAUUUACCCCACUUAUGAUUAUACACACUGUUUGUGCGAUAGUAUUGAAAAUAUAACGCAUUCUCUUUGCACCAAGGAAUUUCAAUCGAGGAGGUCGAGUUAUUAUUGGUUGUGUAACGCUUUAAAUAUUUAUUGCCCAGUUCAGUGGGAAUAUGGCCGUUUAAACAUCAAUUACACUGUAGUUUCAAAACGUAAAAUCGCCAAACUUAUCGAAGAAGGCAUCGUGAACGACUGGGAUGACCCGCGUUUGUUCACAUUGACGGCUCUCCGAAGACGGGGAUUCCCCCCCGAAGCCAUCAACAACUUUUGUGCUCAAUUGGGGGUCACGGGGGCUCAAAGUACUGUCGAUCCGGCCAUGUUGGAGGCCUACGUACGCGAUUUUCUCAAUAAUACGGCACCGAGACGCAUGGUCGUCUUGGAUCCACUUGAAAUUGUCAUUGAGAAUUUCCCAGGGAAGCCCCGAUUAAUCACCGUUCCGAAUUUCCCCAAUAAACCGGAAUUGYGCGAACAUAGUGUGACAUUUGGACCGAAAAUUUACAUCGAACGAAGUGAUUUCCUCGAGGAGGGGAAUAAAAGCUACCGYAGGUUGACUAAAAGUCAAAUUGUUGGGUUACGACACMCCGGGUUUGUYCUACAAGUGAACGAAGUGAGGAAAAAUGCUUCGGGGGAAGUACUUGGGGUGGUUUGUAACUGCAUCGAGGUCGAGAAAGUUAAUAUCAAACCGAAAGCUUUUAUUCAUUGGGUUUGUGAACCGAUUGAAGUGGAAGUUAGGCUUUAUUCAACACUAUUUAAACAUAAAAACCCUGAGGAUCCGAAUGAAGUUCCCGGUGGUUUUGUUACCGAUUGUAAUGACAACACUUUAACUAUUUUGCGCAGUUUUGCCGAUAGGAGUCUCAAAAAUGCGAAAAUUUAUGCCAAGUUUCAGUUUGAACGAAAUGGAUUUUUCUCGGUUGAUCCUGAUACGACGACGGAAAAGCUAAUUUUCAACCAAACUGUUGGCCUGAAAGAAGAUGCCGGGAAAUGAGAACGUUUAAUAAAUUUUUCAAAGAAAAAAUUGUUUUAUUUCAGAGACCCCAAAACGGGGGCUGCGUUUACUGUAAGGUUUGUUUAGGGUUUCAACCCCCA